AGGCCCGACAUGGGGACUGAUUUCGGGCCCGUUAUCGGGAAGUGUAGAUGUAAUUGGCCCAUUACCCGGAUUGACUUUACAUAUUUAUUUAAGCCGCAUGUUAUACCUGCAAACACUCAGCAAUCACAGCAACAAACACCUUAACAAAAAAGCAAAUAUUAGCAAAGUUCCCCCAACAAAAGACCCACAGAAACCGUUAAUAACACUUCAUUAACAAUUCAAAAAGAUCGUUACAUUCUAUGACACCGCGUGUCAUAAGGCGCGGGGGCGGGGCCAAACGGACCAAUCAGCGCCCGGGAAAUGAUCUAAUAAUUAACGUAAUAGCCAAUCGGAGGAGCCGUGAAAAUUACCUAACGCCAAGCUUUCCUUUUGUAAUUUAGUUGGUGUGAAUUUUAGUUCAGUGGUGGUGUUAAAGUGUGGAUAAAAACUAAAAGUACCGAUAUAAGUGAACAUUGAAAAGUGCCUUAGUGAAGUGAAGCAAUGGACCAAAACAUGAACAUGAACCUACCUCUAUACGACCUGGAGCCAUGUUCGGCGCAGCACAGCGGCGCGCUGGCUGCCCUCCGCUUGCUACGGAGUUACAACCACUUCUUACCACCAGACGUGCCCAGCAUGGUGCCCCUGCUAGCCGCGCUGCCGCCGCCGCCGUGCCUGCCCUACUGCCAGCACCUGCCUAUGCGCAGCCCGCAACCUCUCCAAGGCCUGUCAGAAGAGGCCCGCCGUCGCGGCGAGAAGCGACCAAUCCCCGCCGAGCUGAAGGACGAGAAAUACUUCGAGCGGCGCCGGCGCAACAACCAGGCCGCCAAGAAGUCUAGAGACGCGCGCCGAGUGCGAGAGGACCAGAUCGCAUGGCGAGCCUGCCUUCUCGAGCAAGAGAACGCGUCAUUGCGAGCACACGUGGCUGCGCUCAGACAAGAGGCGUUAGCGCUGAGGGCGCUGCUGGCGGGUGAUGAGCCCGCCGUACCCACUAGCACCACGGCUGACUAGUACUACAGUCGGGCUUAUGUCAACACAGACUUUUAUAACAGAGUGUGAAAUUGUCGUCAUGAAUGUCAAAUUACUAUGAAAGUGACGUUUAAAACUGAACUAAC